AUGACAGAGACAAGUGCGUCGGGCACGGGCACCGAGAAAAGCGCGACUGCAAAGUCCAGGGUUAGCACUGGAGAUGAAGGGAAGGAUACGCAGGCAAAGGAAUCGCAAGCAGCAUCUGCGGCAAAGUUCGAAACGACUGGCACGGGCAGUCGCCCCAGUAUCAAGAAGCCUCGCAAGGUGAAUCACGGUAAGGUACCGUUCACACAGGAUGCAUGCAAUACGGAUCUGGGCACAAUUUUCGGACCUGGCAUGUGUCUUUUGUCGUCGCUCGCAUAUGACUUGCGAUCCGGUACGACCUCCCUCCCUCGUUUGAGCCCAUUCCCGUUUCCUGUGCCCCGUGGAACCAGCUGCCAACGCCGUUGCAAACCAGAAGAUGUGCCUGCUGACCAGUUUCAAUUCGUGAAGGGACGGCCUUGCACCCGAUGUAUAAAGCGCGAUAUCGGCCAUCUGUGCCAUGAUGAGCUCAGGGAACCUACGAGACAGACGCAAAGUAAGCAAGACCAUUCGGCCGCAGACAAAGAAGGCUCCUCCAACAAUGAGCUGGCCAACGUUCAAGGUAUGCCUAGAACGGUCGACGUCCCGGAUGCUGCUGGUCAGAAAAUCCUCCCCGAUGGCACGAUCGGAAUCUCGCCUUCCUCGGCGCGGCCUGGGGACAUUCCCCCCUCUGGCCGGGGCCUCGAUUCCAAUUCUCAGUGGCUGAUGGCGUACAACGACUGGUUGGGUUCACAGAACCAGUUUCAGGACAUGCAUUGGUUCCAUCAGUCGUACAUGUUUAAUGCACCUAAGGUCACGAACGAGUACAAUUUGCUCGGUGAUUUUCUCAGUAACAGUCUGUUAAAUAAUAGGGCGAUGUUCCAAAAUCAGGAUAUACCGGGCAUCUACUCUGAUCCGUCGUUGAUGAACUCUAUAGUGGGGAAUAACAAGGCUCACGAGACAUACUACAUGACUGCUGCAGACCCGUCGGGAUCUGACCCCCCAGAGGAGCGCAUGAACAAGCUUCUCAAAGCGAAGUACGACGCUGGGUUGCUGAAGCCCUUCAACUAUGUCAAGGGGUACGCCAGACUCAAUGAGUACAUAGAAAAGAACAUGCAGAAUGCGUCCCGCCAAAGGAUUCUCCGACAGUUCGACAAGUUUCGGCCCAAAUUCCGAGAGCUUAUGUAUAGCUUGACGGAUGUCGAACUGAUCCUGGUGGAGAUAUGGUUUGAACAGAGCUUGAUGGAGUACGACCGCGUCUUCGCCAGUAUGGCCAUCCCCGCCUGCUGCUGGCGACGGACGGGCGAGAUCUUCCGAGGUAAUAAUGAGAUGGCGCAGUUGAUCGACGUCCCGAUUGAGAGUUCGCGAGAUGCUAAACUCGCCAUCCAUGAAAUCAUUACCGAGGAUCAGCUGGUUAGCUACUGGGAGACAUUCGGCGCGAUUGCUUUCGACAACUCCCGGAAGGCCAUACUCACCAGCUGUACUCUUAAAAGCCCUACACAUGAGGAGGGCGGGGCGAUCCCAUGCUGCUUCUCCUUUACGAUUCGACGAGAAAACCACGAUAUUCCAUCUCUCAUCGUUGGCAAUUUCCUCCCAACGUAA